AUGAAGAGAAUUUCUCUGCGGAGUUGCAAUGGUAUUCCCUUUAUCUCUUCCAUCUCUGGUUCGGCAUUUACAUUUAGAGCUUGGUCUUCAUGCCAUUACAGUAACAAAUCAAUUUCAGUAAAGGAUAAACUUGGUGUAAAUAGUGGCAAUUUAGAUGAUGCUGUUACUCUCUUCCAUCAAAUGGUUACAGUGAAGCCUCUUCCUUCAGUUGUCGAUUUCUCUAAAUUAUUUAACAAUAUGAUAAAGAUGAAACAUUACUCUGCUGUCCUUUCUCUUUUUCGACAAAUGCAGAAUUUAGGCAUUCCAAUUAGUGAUUUCAUCUUAAAUAGCAUGAUUAAUAGUUAUUGCCUGAUGUAUCGUGUUGAUUGUGCAUUUUCGGUGUUACCUAUAUACUUAAAGAAUGGUGUUUCAUUUGAUGCUGUCACCUUUACCACUCUAAUAAGGGGACUAUUUGCUGAAAAUAAGGUUAAAGAUGCUGUUGAAUUGUUCAAGAAGUUGGUGAGAGAGAAGAUUUGUGAGCCUAACCAAGUCAUGUAUGGAACCAUCAUGAAUGGGCUAAGCAAAAGGGGUCAUACUCAGAAGACUUUAAGUUUGCUCCGGUUAAUGGAACAAGGGAAUACUAAGCCUGAUUUAUUCAUCUACAGCAUUGUUAUAGAUGCUCUUUGCAAAGAUGGAAACUUAGAUGCUGCUAUCAACAUUCUGAACGAGAUGAAGCAGAAAGAUAUUCCUCCAAACAUAGUCACAUAUAAUUCAAUAAUUGAUGGUUUGUGUAAGCUCGGUCAGUGGGAAAAGGUUAAAACUUUGUUCUCAGAGAUGGUGAACCUUAAUAUGUAUCCAGAUGUGCAUACCUUAAACAUACUAACAGAUGGACUAUGCAAAGAAGGGAAAGUUGAAGAUGCUGAGGAAGUAAUGAAACACAUGGUCGAAAAGGGUGUAGAGCCUAAUAUAAUCACCUACAAUGCAUUGAUGGAUGGAUAUUGUUUGCGUGGUCAACUAGAUAGAGCAAGGAGAAUUUUUGAUAGCUUGAUAGAUAAGUGCAUUGAGACUGACAUUUUUAGCUAUAACAUACUAAUAAAUGGAUACUGUAAGAAAAAGAAACUUGCUGAGGCCAUGCAAUUGUUUUGUGAAAUUUUUCAAAAGGGAUCAAAACCCAAUAAUUUUACCUACAAUACAAUCUUGCAAGGUCUGUUUGAAGUUGGAAGAAGUGGUGAUGCAAAACAAAUUUACGCUGAGAUGCUAUCUGCAGGGACCAAGGCUGAUAUAUACAUUCAUGCCACUUUGCUCAAUGGUUAUUUUAAGUACGGACUUGUUGAAGAAGCUAUGUCACUCUUUAAUAAGUUAGAAAGAAACAGAGAAUAUACUGAUUUUGCAUUUUACAAUGUUGUCAUUAAUGGAUUGUGCAAAAAUGGUAAACUUGACGAAGCACAUGCUGUUUUCGAGAAGCUUUGUUUCACUGGAUUGCUCCCAGAUGUGAGAACAUACAAUGUACUGAUAAAUGGAUUUUGUCUUGAACAGUUGUUUGAUGAAGCUAAAGAUAUUCUAAGAAAAAUGGAAGACAACGGUUGUUCCCCAGACCGUGUUACUUAUAAUGUUAUUGUGCAAGGAUUUCUUAGGUGCAACAAAAUUAGUGAAAUGACAUCUUUUAUGAAGGAAAUGGUUGGAAGGGGCUUCUCAUUUGAUGCAAGUACAGCUGCGCUUUUGGUAAACGUUGUAAGGGUGAAUCCUUCUGUCCUUGACAUGAUACCAGAGCUUCACUCGAAUAAUAAGAAGUGAAUAUUUCUUUUGCUUGGUUUAUUGGUCUAUGAUACAAUUUCGUUUUA